AUGAAUCUUCUCAAGAAGAUCGCUGCAGCUGUGUUGCUUCUCUCAUUUGUUGUUUUCGUUGCCUUUUUUGGCCGCCUCCCUGCUUUAAGAAAGACUCCAAUUGGUUUACUCAACCGCCUCAUAUGCCUUUCACUGCCAGCCGGCCUUUGGAAGCUUGAUGCUGUUCUUACCGGCGGGAGAUUGGCUCCUGCUUUUCACCGGCUGGGAACUUACCUGAUGAAUGAGAAUCAUCCACUGGUUUUGAUCUUCUACCUUUUGGUCUUGUCAACGUCUCAAUUGCUUUUCGUUCCCACAGCGUUUCCACGCUUGAGCCAAGUCCAUCGUGGUUUGGCUAUCCUGACGUGCGCUCUACCAUACGUCUUCACUUAUAAAGCAGUAAGGUCCAGGUCAUCAGUGAUCACACUAGAAAACCUCAGAACCGAAAUGCAAAGGUAUCCAUACGACCAUGUACUCUUUCAGCCGGGCCAAAGCUGCCGCACUUGUCACUUUCUCAAACCUGCAAGGAGCAAGCAUUGCAGUGUUUGCAACGCCUGCGUAGCGAAGUCUGACCAUCAUUGCAUAUGGGUCAUGAAUUGCCUAGGCAAAGGAAAUUACGUCUACUUCGUGGGCCUGAUGUCGAGCCUUGGAGCCAUGCUAUCUUAUGGUACUUACCUCGCUUACAUGAUCCUCGAUGGGAGCCUGCAAGCCAGUACACUUCGCCGCUCAGAUGGGCCUGACGCAAGAGCGCACUGGAGCACAGGCAAGAGCUGGUCACAAUAUGCUCAAUCAUGGGGUUUGGCUUUCGCUGAUGAUGUGCGCAUCGGCAGCGUGGGGAUGCUUGCCUUGAUGACUGCACCGCUGGCUUGGGGCUUGUUCUGGUACCACAUGUAUCUGAUUUGGGCCGGUAUGACGACCAACGAGAGCGGCAAGUGGGCGGAUUGGAGGGACGACAUCGCAGACGGUCUGGUCUUCAGGGCCGAUAAGGCACCUGAAAAUCCCGAUGAUAGCCCCAGGAAUGACGACGUAGAGCCGAUUGUGGACUGGCCGAUCUCAAGCAUGCAACAGCUUGUAAGAUCUAGCGAUGGGGAACCUCCAGAAGCUCGUGCAAUUUGGCCUCGAAACAAUACCGCUACGGGGAACGUUCGCUGGAGAAGAGUCUCAGGGUUGCAUGAAGUCCACAACCUCACUCUUGAUUUCAAUCUUUCCUCAGCUUGUUGGACAAAGAUCAAGAAGCUCAAUCGCGGUGCAGUUCGAGCUAUCGUUAUGGCCUCAACCCAGAAUUUGGCUUUGUCAAAUCUUGGCAGGGCACUGGCCUCUGGAUACGAAGAGGAUGGUUUACAGCGUGCUCAAAGCAGACAUUCACACCUACAUGGAGCGGAAAACGAACAUGUCUCCCUACCAAAGGCUGAUGGUGGGAAAGACGCAUGGCUGUUCUUAGCGGGCUGCUUCUGCAUAGAAGCUUUGACAUGGGGAUUCCCUUUCUCUUUCGGAGUAUUCCAAGAAUACUACAGCACGCAUACGCCCUUUUCGACGGAACCAUCUGGCAUCGCUAUUAUUGGUACUUCGGCAAUGGGUAUCAUGUACCUUGGUGCACCUUUCUCCUUUGCCCUCCUUCAACGGUUUCCACUUCGCCGCCGCCACUGUGCCGUCGUUGGCCUAUUCACCAUGAUUAUUGGUCUCGUGGCCUCUUCCUUCGCAACCCGUGUCUCGCACCUUAUUCUAACCCAAGGCGUUUUGUAUGCAAUUGGGGGCUCCAUGCUGUACACACCGACAAUCAUCUUCCUAGACGAGUGGUUCAUCGCACGCAAAGGUCUUGCCUUUGGCGUCAUGUGGGCAGGCACAGGCUUCAGUGGGGUUUGCAUACCCUUCUUGAUGAACUGGGGUCUCAGCAAGUACUCUUUCAGUACCAUGCUGCGCGCAUGGUCCAUCAUCCUCUUUCUUCUCGUAGGCCUCCUCCUCUACUACGUCAAGCCCCGUCUACCAGUCUCCCCAACAUCUCAUAGUCGGCGGCUCCAUUGGGGGUUUCUUAGCGCAUCCACAUUCUGGAUCCUUCAAACCGGCAACAUCCUCGAGAGCCUUGGCUUCUUCAUCCCGAACAUCUACCUGCCUACUUACGCACGGACUUUGGGUCUAUCCUCGGUUUCUGGCACCGUAACGGUAUCUCUAUUCAAUACGACUUCAGUUUUUAGUCAGGUUAUUUUGGGAUUUCUUAGCGACAGACUACACAUCACAACCGUCAUCCUCAUCUCUACCAUCGGUGCCACCCUAUCCGUCUUCCUCCUCUGGGGUUUUUCCACCUCAUUCCCUCUCCUCUGCAUCUUCAGCCUUUUCUACGGUCUGUUUGCAGGUGGCUUCACUUCCACAUACACUGGUAGCAUUCAAGAGGUGAAGAGGGCCGAUGAUCGUGCUGAAGCAGGAUUGGUCCUCGGACUGCUCUCCGCAGGGAGAGGGAUAGGGAGCGUAGUGAGCGGGCCGUUGAGCGAGGCCUUGCUGAGCGAGCGGCCCUGGGCUGGGGAUGCAAUGUUAGGAUACGGGACUGGUUACGGCGGAUUGAUUGUCUUUACAGGAGUCAGUGCUAUGCUGGGUGGGAUGAGUUGGGCCGCCAGAAGGGUUGGUUGGGUCUGA